AUGGAGCUGGACUACGCGUCGCUCACGAAUACGGAGCGGCUUAUGCUGGCUCAGGCCGUGUACGAACUGGGCGCAGACGCGUGGAACGAAGUGUCUGAGCUUUUGAGCAAACAUGCCCUCAUCACGCGUCCUAAAAACACUUUUACCCCUGACGCAUGUCAGGAUCUAUACACGCAGCUUAUGCAGGAAGCUGAUCUGGAGAGCCCAGAGGAUAUCAGUGCGAGCCGCGCUCCGGUGCAUCUCAAGCUGGCACAAAGGCACUAUCAGGCCCGCGUACUUGAACUGAGAGACCUCAUCGCUGCAGAGGAAGUGAAAUUUAAAACCAUAGUCAAGGAGAUAGACGAGAUACGCUCCGGACUAUGGGACACUAAACUGGACGACCAACCUCAGGCGACCCCGACCCAGGAAGUAACUGCGGAAGUGGCUAACACUAUUGAGGUAGCAAACCAGCAUCCUGAGGAUCAUCCUUCGUCUCCAGCCGCUGAAGUUGCGGCAGAACCCUCGACGGCUGAUGCAGUAAUGACUUCCCCGUCUUCCGCUCCAGCAGAACUUGUCGAAUCACCCAAACCGGACAUCCCAGCACGGUCAACAACUAGCCCAGAAGCCAGUGCAUCAGGAGAAGACAAGAUGGAAACAUCGAUUCCGCCAGAGAUUGCAAGGAGUCCGGCGCGACCCACGCGGUCCCCAUCAGUCCAGCAGGCAGCAACAGAGCAAGAUCACGAGGACCGAGGCCCAGGAGAGGAAGAUGAGGUAGGCGCCACAGGAUCUGCAGCUCAUGUGGAACGAGCGAUCUCGCCCGGUUCGCGCGACCAAGCAACAGAUGAGCACAUCCGGAGCCGCUCGCGAUCGCGUGCAGCGACGUCGCAAGAGCCUGACAUACAGCUGGAGCAUAUACCUGAUGCCACGUCGACUAAAGAGAGUACUGACGGUGAUAUUGAAAUGGCCAAAGAAGAGGAGCUGGCCAGGGAAGAGGAGCUGGCCAGGGAAGAGGAGCUGGCCAAGGAAGAGGAAGAGACGCCCGGCGUACCAGAAGACAUAGACGUGCAACAAGUGAGCCAGGAAGUGGAGGUUGAUGCCGACGAAGAAGGGGUCUCCGCUCCGGAGGAUGGAUCAGAACAAGCGCCUACUCCAAGCGACACCAGUUUCUCCCGACGGAGACAAGGUAAACGCAGGGCUUCCGACACUGGGACGACGGACUCGCAGAGAGAAAGGAAGAGGGCCAGAGAGGACUCGGAGCUCGCAGAUGACGAUGAACAAAGCGUCGGCUCCAGUCGCAGGCGUUCUGGCCGUCAAGUGGCCAAUGUUGACCCAACAGCACUCAAACGAUUCCAGACAGUCAUCACCAUGUUAUACUCACAAAUCGCCCAACAUCGUAACGGCGCUAUAUUUCAAAAUCCCAUCAAGACCUCUGAGGCCCCAGAUUACCAUGAUAUCGUGAAGAGACCUAUGGACCUGAAGACAAUCAAACAGAAGAUCAAGGACGGAUUGAUAGUCAAUUCCUUAGAAUUUCAACGUGAUAUCUAUCUCAUCUUCGCCAAUGCGAUGAUGUAUAAUCGGCCUGGGUCUGACAUCUACCGGAUGGCUGAGCAGAUGAUGCUGGACAGUGAGGGACAUAUCAAUACGUUCAAGCAUACAGAAGGUUUUGUUAGGGGCGUCCAUCGCGUGUGA